AUGAGUUCCAUUGAAAGAUUUCUUUCGCAACCACCGCUUAUUAUACAGUCUUCAUUGGCUCAGUUGCGUUAUUUGGUUCUUAGUGAAGGUUUACCGACAGGAAAUGACAAGAAUAUACAGAGGACAAGAUGUUAUACGUGGUCAGUCUUAUCUAGAACUUCGAUGGAACGUUGCACACAGAUAUACAUUUCAUAUGUGCAGCUAGGAUCCGCCCCCCAGCCAAUUUAUCAUAAGAUCAAGAAUGAUACCUUUAGAACUUUACAAACAGAUCCCAAAUUCAUAACUACAGUAUCUGAAGACGCAUUACUGCGAUGUCUUUCCAGUUUUGCAUGGCAGUGUAUUGAAUUGAAAAACGUACAAGAUCCAAGAUUACCUCCUCAAUUGAGUACUUAUGUGCAGGGAAUGAACGUUCUAUUAGCACCUUUACUUUACUCAUGCCCCUCUGAACCGAUGGCAUUUCAGCUAUUUUCCACGUUAUGUUACCAAAUAAUCCCUACCUAUCUGAACAGUAAUUUAACAGGUGUUCACAAUGGGGCUAAAUUGUUGGACAUAUGUCUGAAGAUUAUUGAUCCAAAAUUGAGCAAAUUUUUAAGUGAUAAUUUGCUAACAGCAGAGAUCUAUGGGAUACCUUCCAUCUUAACGUUGUGCAGUUGUAAUAGGCCAUUAGAUCAAGUUUGCAAAUUGUGGGAUUUUAUGUUUGCAUAUGGAUUUCACAUGAAUAUUCUUUUCGUCGUGGCUAUCUUAGUGACCAUUAGACACCAAAUUUUAAGAUCAGAAUCACCAAUGAAUCUACUGACUAGACAACUACCAGAAUUUGACGCUGACGAAAUUAUCAAACUAGGUGUUGGAUUUCUCGCCAAAAUUCCGCAAAGUGUUUAUUCUUUACUGGUGGAGCAUUUAACAAACUUAAACAUCAAGAUUCCAUAUAACGAUUAUUAA